CGAUAAAAAGAUAUUUGAAUAUGAGCGUACAUAUGCUAAAUAAAUAUAUAAAUUAAACAUACGAUAUAUUAGGGAACUCGUUUCCAAAAGAAAGACUCUCUAAAUUGUAUGGAAAAAAUAAACUGUAGACCGCCGUAAAUUCACAAAAUUAUUUGACGUUGUAACAAAACAGGAUGAUAGAAAUAAAAGAAAAAUGAUCAAUAAAGAUCAGCGUACGAUUAAGUCAUCUCUGUAUGUAAACUAACGGGACAACUGACAGCGAUUUCCUCUAGAAUUCAGAUCCGGAAGAGAAAACUACUACUAAUGCAAAGUCAGACAUAUCAUAAAGAAAACUAUGUCAUAUCGUAUAACAUUACAAGGAAAGGAAUUAAUUUCUUUUGAACUUUAUCAACAAUUUAAGACACUUAGUCAAAAUAAAUGUCUUGCGCAGUUGAAAGAGUAGAUCUAAGCAUUCUGAGAUUUUGGACACAGCUAUUUAUAAAAUGAGUAAUAACAAAACAUAGAGUUGUGUUUUGAGUUUUCGUUUUGAUCUAGAUGUAUGACAUCCUUUUCGUUGUAUAAUUUACAUUAACAAAGUAUCUGUCAUGAUAUUUCCUUGUUGUUUUUUUUCUGAAAGAAAUUCAGCAGAUCUAUGGACGCCGAGGACCAUUUUGGACAGCAUGUUCCGCUUAUUAUUGUAAUGUCAAUGUUAAUAAAGGGCUUAAAGGACCAUUUUACUGCAACCAUUCAAGAGCCUACGGAAAAGACGCUAUGGGUAGUUACGGUGCCAGCAAUAUGGUCUGAGGAAGCAAGGAACUUUAUGCGGGAGGCAGCAGAAAUGUGUAAUAUGAAACACAAGAACCUUUUGAUAGCCAAUGAACCGGAAUCGGCUGCCGUUUAUUGUAUGUUUCUACCUCAGGGGAAGAAUAACAACAUGGGUACUUUGGGACUUACAGGUCAAACGUUCCUUGUAGCCGACCUUGGAGGUAAUUAAUAAAUUAUUCGUUUUAUUAUCACGGUUCCGCGUUUUAAAAAAUGCAUUAAUUCUAGAUUAAUAAAUAUCAUUAUUACAUACUCGUCUUUAUUCCCCGUUAAGUUACACUGGCACCGGAAACGUCAAUAUUUUUCCAUACCCUGACACCUGAAUUUCAUAUCGGGUGCGUGACGUAAUUCACGUAAUGCAACAUGCGCUUACAAAAGCAUCUCCUAGUUAGGUACUGGUACGACAACGACGUUAUUUUGUUUUAUCAGUCAUUGUCUUUCCGCAUUAUAUUUGUCUCUAGUUAAUAAAUUCUAGACUUUUUGUGGAUUUUCAAAAAUGGUUUGAAGUCGUAAAAUAAAUAAAUCUGUAUAUAUAAAUCAUUGUUUGAUUUUGUUGAAAUUAUGUUAUGUCUCCAAAGGCAUGUUGUUCUAACUGUAUGCUAGAUUAAAGAAAAUACUUUCAGUCAUUUCUAUGACAUUGGAAAAAUAACAAAUGACGGGUUAGUUGCUUUGUUCGGUCUGUUUUGGGUUUAGUGUAUGACUCAGUUUUGCUAAGCUUACAGCAACCUGCUAUAAACUACUAAAAUAAUAUGAAAAAAGGCACUGCCUCAAUCCGACUUUUUAAAAAGUCUGUCUGAUGACAGCAUUGAUUCCUUAUCAGUUUAAAGGUAGAGUUUGGAAUAAAAACAACACUGCCCAUAUUUGUACUGAUGUGCAAGACGUUGCGGUUCGGAAAAAGCUAUGUGGACGCUUAAUAUGCACAAGGGAAAAGUGAAUCCUCCGAAAAAUCCGAAGUCUGAUGCUCUGUGCACGUGCCGGAAGGAAACUUUUUUAAUUCGAUAGUAUAUAUCUCAUUCGGUAUAUCGCAUGUUACCGUAGAAUGAUCGAUCCCGAUUUUUGUCGCUUCGCAACGAAAAUCGGUUGGAUCUAUUCCCUAUACAUGCAAUUAAAGUUGAUUCGAAAACAUUUCGGCGGAAAUUAUUAGCUAAAGAUAAUGUGAUUCUACGAUAAUGCUAGUUAAUCGUUACUUUAUACAUGUAUGUAUUUAUCAACGUGUAGGCCUCACUGCCGAUUUAUCUGCUUUAGAGGUUUUAGAAAAUGGGUUUCUUAAAGAAGUCGUAACUGCUACGGGACAGGUUAUUGGAAGGCAAAAUAUCAACUAUAGUUUCUUUCAAGUAUGUCAAGUUUUAAGGGUGACGGUUGGCGACAAAUCUUUCAAAGUUCGAGACCUGUGGAAAUGUUUAAAAUGGAAAAGGAUUUUGAGUUGAAGAAGAUAGCUACUGGAACCGAUGCUCCAGAAGAUGAAUACAUACAGCUUGAUGUUCCUAAAGCAAUUAAGGAUAAACUUAUCAGUAAAAAAACAACUCUGAUGGAGAAGGCAGAAAAAGACCACUGCUUUAGCUUUGAAGAUAUGGAAUUCUCCUUCGAGUCGAACUAUGUAAGGAAAGUUCUUUUCGAUGAAACGUGUGCUCGUAUAUAUGAGAUAAUUAAAUGUCAACUCGACAAAGAGGAAAUGAGAGUCUGCUCAAAUCUUGUCCUUGUAGGGGGUUUUCACAGUCAUCUAUUGUUCGAGGGUACAUCACAGAACAGACAAGAAGAGAUUUCCCAGCGGUAAAAGUUGUAUCACCUACAUCACCAUUCCAGGCAGUUUUGAAGGGCGCUGUGAUAUUUGGACAUGACCCUUUGAUCUUUAGAGGCAGGAUAAGUAGAUGGACAUUCGGAAUAGAAACCAAUGUUCGAUUUGAUGAAAAUGUCCACGACUCCGAGAAGAAAUGGACGAAUGAACAAACGGGUGAAAUCUUUUGCAAGGAUAUAUUCGAUAAACACGUAAGGAAAGGAGAGUCCGUUACACUUAAUGCUGAAAGAAAAUCGCUGGUAUACUGGACGAUGUAUGAAUACCAAACAACUAUGAAGGUUAAGAUAUACAAAUCCGAGUUUACAGAUCUAAAGUAUGUUACUGACGAAGGGUGUAAAUAUAUUGGUUACAUUGAAGUACAUUUUCCCAGAAGACGGAAACGCAGAGGUAUUGAAGUUUCGAUGAUUUAUGGAGGAACCCAACUAGCUGUUAUCGCAAAAGACUGUGAAACAGGAGAAGAAUGCAAGGCGGAUAUUAAGUUCGAGAAUAUGGAGAAUGUAAUGGAACCGAAAAUUCUGAAUAUCAGGUAUGAUUUAUAAAAUACAAAGAUUUUAAUGCAUAGUUUAUCCGCUAAGUUCAUUUUUAAAUAUGUUAAAUGCAAGAACCUGCACCAAGAAUAUUUAGUCUUGAUCAUUUUUUUACAAUUGGCAUUGUAAUUGUUAUCGAUCGUAAUGCUAAUUGUCUACAAUCUUUUUAUUUUAGUGGCGAAGACGAAGUAAAAGAGACAUGUGCAACUAUGUUAACCUUCCAGAGAAUAAUGGAACAGAUUUAUAAAACAUUUAAAUGAGUAACCUCUGUUUAAAAUGCUAAAAAGAGUUUGUUGCUAUAAACUUACCUUAGCAAUGAAAGAAAUCAAAAGUGUCUGAGGCCUCCUUGGCUGAAUGGUUAAGAUCGCUGACUCCGAAUCAGUUGUCCUGGGAAGGAGUGUGGAUUUUUUCAUGUGAAAGAAACUAUCUCUCUUGGUUGUAAUAGAAGACUGAGUGUGCUGCACAGAUACAUUGAGUUACCUACGAUCUAACGUUGCAUUGUCUAUAUUUUACAUGAGUCAGCAUAAUGUAACUAAGGAUAUGAUAGUAGCAAAGAAUAUAAUAGAACAGAAUGAAAUAGAAUAGAAAGUAUUUCAUUAACUAAUUAUUAGCCAUCGAAGCCUAAACCAAAUAUAAGUGCAAAGUAACAAAAAAUUCAUAAAGUAACAAAGGCUUGAUUAGGGUUUAGACAGAAACAAUUUAUUAGGGAAAAUGAUACACUCGUCUACAAAAUUUAAAAACGUAAAGUGAUCUGAAACUUACUCAUUACGAUAAUCGUACAUUGAUUAAUCAUGCCCGUGACGAAUCGUGAAGAAAUGAGAGAAAAUAUUACUUCUAACAUAAAUACAGAAAGAAAUACCUUUCACGUGUACCAUUGAACAUUGUCUAAAUCUACCAGCUGUAAAUGUUUCGAAAAUAUGUAAGUUUUGUGUUUGUUUCUACCAAGGACUUUACAACAAAUACGGAAAUUGCCAUGUAAAUUUGCUUCGAUCAACGUUUAGGAGUUAUACAUAUAUUAUCUUUUUGAAGGAAAGUACAGAAAUUUAACUCUCUCUUUCAGUACUACAGAAGUCGAUUUUAAGACAACAAUAGAAAAGAACGUCUAUUCAACUUCAUUCACAAGUCCAAAAGACUCAAUUAACAUAUAAUUGUACACGCAUUAUUGCAGAUCUCUCUACUUUUCAAUAAAGGUUCGUGAACGUCUACUGCUUUUGUAAGGAACGAUAGUUUUAAAAAUUUUAUUUUGAACUAUAAAUAAUUGUGAAGUUUGUCCCCAGUUUACGCACAUUUACCAACGUUGUUUGAUAGCAGACCUUAGCACAUUCAAUAUCAACACCAAUAUCUAUAAAUUG